AUGUUAAGACGGUUUAGUUUACGUUCAAGUCAAACAUCUAAAGUUUCUACCAGUUUUAGUCAACCUUCAUCAUCUAGUUUGAGUAAAUCACCAGCAUUAUAUUUACAAACAUUCCCAUUAUUAAAAAGUGCUUUUGAAAUCUUUGAGCAAACACCAACACUAGAGUCAGUUGUUAAUAUUUUUUCUCUCUUAUCAAAAGCACCAAAACAUAUUUAUGACUUUUUAAUAACUGAACUUAAUUGGGAGGAAUUUAUUGCUAAAUUGCCAAAACUUAUUUGUUCUUUAUCAAUUGAUCAAUUCAUUUAUUGGUUUUGUUCAGAAAAUUAUCCUUCAAUUCAUUUAUUAUAUCUUAUUGUCUCAUAUCGUCCUGAAUUAUUUUCAAGACAAAACGCAAAUGAAUUAAAAUCUUAUUUUAUUUCUUCUCUUCCUGACAUCUAUGAAAGCGCUGGGAUUUCUAGUGAAGCUCGUUAUCUCUUUCCUGAGAAGAUUCAUUACGUCCCUACAAUUAUUCAGAGAUUAGAUCGUACUCCAGCUUCUUCUGUAUUAUUUCCUUUACUUCAAAUUAUUGCAUCAUUUGCAAAAAGUAAUUUAAUUUCAUUAGACACUCUUAUUAUUACAGAAUUCCCUCCUCAACAUAUUGAUUCAUUUAUUGAUUACUACUUUGAGAUAUUACCUCUCUUUAAAGAAAUUCCUAAACCAAUUCAAGGUCUUAUCAAUUCUUGGAUCACUCAAUUACCAUCUCCAGUAAUUACUCCUUGCCAUUCAUUAACAAAUUCAACUGAUUUCUCAUUAUUUAAAUUUGAUGAAGAUGAAACAACAACAACAAAAGGUUCACAACCUUCUCUUCCAAGUUCAUUAUCAUUGAUUUCAAUCCACCAAAUUAUGAGAUUUUUAUUAAUGAUUAGUUACGUUUAUCCUUCUCUCGUUUUUACUGAUGGUCCAUUUUUCCCUUGGAAUGGAAAAACAGAAGUUGAUUCAGAAGUGUUAUUAUAUUAUUAUAACUAUGUACUAUUUAGUAAUACUACUUCAUUACCUAAGAGAUUAAAUCAGUAUUGUGAAGUUAUGACUAAAUGUUCAUAUGAAUUAGCCAAUGCAUUAGAAUUUUGUCAAAAUAAAAUGAUUAUUUCAUUACAUGAACAAUUUCCAGAUUUUAACUCAUUUCAAAUGUUCAUUGAUAUAACCAAUUCUUCAAGUGAUAAAAUCCAAUCAAAUUUAUUGUCGAUAAUACUAUGUUGUCCUCAACAUUUAAAUUAUCAAGAAGUUCAAACACUAUGUAAAUUAUUUCAUAAUGAUAAAUAUUCAUUAACACUUUAUGAUUUAUUCACAAAACGAUUAUCCAUGUUACAAACUAAUGAUUUGUCUCAAAUAUUUAUUGAAAAUGGAUUAUCAUUUGCUUUAAGAAUGAAAAUUGAUAUGAUUCAUCCACUUGAAUAUUUAACAUUUAUGUUACAAUUAUUUGUUACACCUCCAUUAACAGAAGAUUUUCUAAUAAGUGAGCCUCGUUCAUUCUUCUCAAAAAUUACUCCAUUAUCAACACAUUCUAAAGAAGUUUAUGAUUUAGUUAUUUCAUUUUUAACAACUGGGAUAUUAUCAACAGAGUCAAUUGAACAAUUUACUUCAUUAUUACCUAAUUUAAAUCCUCCUAAUGGAAUGUCAGCUACAAAUCAUCGUUUAAAUAUAUUAAAACUAUAUUCAUUAAGGAAUAAUGAAUUGACUGGAAAUGAGUUACAAUAUUAUUAUGAAUAUAUUAAAUCAAAUAAUCCAACAAAUGUAGAUACUUUAUCUCAUAGUAAAUUAAUUGAACCUUUACUAGUAUUAGCAUCAACUGGUAAAACAGUCAAUUCAGUUUAUUAUUUCUUAAAGAGAAUUAUUAGUUAUAAUUGUUUACCAUCAUUUCUAACAACAUUAUUACAUACCUCUCAUGAAAAUGGAUUAAGAGAAGAAUAUAUUUCAUUAUUAACAGAAUGUACUCAAGUCUCACAACAACCUAGAUAUACUGCAGAAUUCUCCAAACAAGGAACUUCAUUAUUAUCAACUCAAUUAAAAUUUGAGCAAACACAAGUUUUAUCUAUUUCAUUAUGGGCAGCAAUAAUGAAUUUUCCUGACUACUCUCGUGAUUCAUUUAUUACAAUCACAUCUUUUAUUCUUAAAGAUAUUAAAUUAAAUCUAGGAGUUUCUUCUACUGCCGUUACAAUGCAAAUCAUCACAGAAUCGCAUAACGGUUCUAUUAUUAUUGAUCAUUCUUUUAGACCAAGAGAGUUUUUUAAUAUUACUGUAUUACUUCGCUUAUCUAAAGCGUUAGAUAUCCAAAUAGCUAUUGAUGGGACAUUUAUUUCUGCAGCAGAACGUAUUCAAAUUAAUGUACCACAAUCAUUAUUUCCAUUAGACCUUAUAAUAAAACCAAUUGAUAAUGCUCGUUUUAGAAUUGGAAAUUUUCAUUUCUUUAAAACAAUUUUAAGUGAAGAAAUGAUCAAAUUUAUAUUCACCGCAAGAGCAGAUAUUCUUCCAUUUAAUUGGAUUUCAGAACUACCCCUUAAUAUGAAAAAUUUAGAAAUACCAACUGACUAUUUAGGAAGUCUUAUUAUUCCAAGUGGUAAAUUGUAUGUUCAUAGUAAUAAAAGUAUACACUCUGUUCAAACAACUAAUUUAAGAAAAUUUGAAUGUAUUGGUAUGAAAGAAGCAUUUAAUGCAGUUGGUGGAAUAGAAGUCUUAUUAUUAUUUUUAAGUGAAGUAAAAAGAGUAGAAGAAGCUAUUGGUAUUAUUGAAGUUAUAAGAAAAUUUCUUACUAAUAAUAAAAUCGCUGCACUAACAUAUCGUACUGUACAUGCAGGAAGAAUUUUAUUAGAAAUUUUAAGUUAUACAAGUUAUUAUUCAAAUACACUUAAUGAAUCAAUUAAAUUAACUGAUUCUAAAAUGAUUGUUAGGGAAUUAGAAUUAUUAUGUUGUUCAAAUCUUCGUAUAGAAACUGCAGAAUUAUUUAAAGAUAUAUUUUUUCAUACUGCAUUUUGGAUGAGAACUUCUGGAGAAGUUUUUUAUGAGUAUAUUCAAACAAUAAUGAAAUACAUAAAUUGUCCUUUUAAAGAAACUAAUCUUCAAGUACUUAUAGAAUCACAUUGUAUAGAUGAGUUUAUAUCUUAUGUACCAGUAGUAGUUGGACUUAAAAUGAGAGAUCUACAGACUCUUUAUAUAUCAAUUAUUUAUCAAUUACUCAAUUCUUUAUCAUGGAAAUAUAUUACUCAAUUAUUAAAUAAUGUAAUUGCACAAUAUUGUAUUAACAUUAUUCCAUCACCGGUUCUUCCAUUAUAUGGUGAUCAAGAAAUUAUUAACUCUUCACAUAUUUCUAAUUCAAGAACGAAUUCAGAUACCUAUAUUUCUCAUCCAAGAGCACUAAAUGCACAAUACUUUUGUUUGGAAGUAAUUGAAACUAUUGUACGUGCAUCAUAUGAUCGUUUUUCAAGUGAAGAUUUAUUUAUUUAUUUGAAAGAAGUUUACCAAACAGUUCCAUUUGAGACUCUUAUUACACUUCUUUCAAUUGCAAAAUCAGAAAAUUUGUUUUUAUCUCUUAUUAAAUUAUUAGAAGGAUAUCUUGCUAAUUCAUUAGUUGAGGUAUCUACUUUACAAACAAAUUUUCUUUCUAUAUUUGAAUCCAUUAGAUGUAAAGACGUAUUUACUAAUUUAACUUCUAAAUCAAUUAAAGCACUUUGGAAUUUUGCACAACCAAUAAAUUGUAUUAAAUAUGUUUUAAUGAUUGGUUCUAUUAAAACUAUUUCUAUUGAAUUAGUUAAAACAUUUAUUGAACUUAUCAUUGAGAAAGGAGUAUUUUUAAAUCAAGAAAAUUCAGACUUAGUAUGGAGGUUUAUUCUCAAUAUUACUGAAAAUGAACAAUUAGAUCAAAAAAUAUUAUUUUCAUUGAUUCCAAUGAUUGUUGAUAUGGUUUGUAAAAUUAAGAUGGACGGAGAUGGGUAUUGUAAUGAAUUAUCUAAGUUGUGUAUUCAUAAUCCAAUUAAUCCUAUACGAUGGACAUUAUAUCAAGGAAUUUCAUUAAAAUAUAAUCAUAAAUUUAAUUGUUCUUUCUUUGAUCCAUUACCUUCAAUUUACAUAGAACAAUUACAAAAUAAAAUAUUAUUAACAGAAACAAUAAAAACAAUAUCUUUAUUUAACAUCAUUGGAACACCUUUAGCAUUAUAUCAUUGUUUCCUUCAACUUGGAACUUUUUCACAAAUUUAUUUUGAUUCUAUAACUGAUAUAUUAGAUAUUCUUAAUAAAACUUUAUCAUCUUUGUCUCAAUACUUAGACCAUCCAUUAUAUUCUUCUUUAUUCAAACUUGUUAAAAAUUACAAAAGCUCUUUUACUGAAGAUAAUUAUAAUAAAUUGCAACAAUCAAAAGGAACUCUUGACUCUGCAAUAGAAUGGUUAUUUAAUUCAUGUGAUAUUCCUAAACCAGAAAACACUCUUCUUCCUUUGAAAACAUCUCCCUUAAUUCAUAAGAAAGAACCCUCUAAAGUUAUUGAACUUUGUGAUUCUACAGAUGUUAUUGCUGCUAUUUCAUGGAGACGUAUUGUAAAAAAAUAUACUACACACAAUGCUGUUUUCGAGUAUCCUUUCCAUGCCCCUUAUGUAUUCUUUAAAUUAGACUCAACUUUAUGUAAUGGGAAUUCUCAAAUGAUUAUUUCUCAAACCAUACCUAAAGUAUCUACUCUUCCUGUUGAAACUGAACCACAAAAUGAGUUAUAUAAAAGAUAUGAAAGUCUAAUGGAACGAGUAAAGUUCCGUAUGUUUGAUGAGAUUUCUGUUGAUUUUGAAGCAAAUUAUGUUAAAUGGGAUAGAGAAUUACCAGCAAUAAUUCAUUUUGAGAAUAAUGCUGUUAUUAUCAGGUAUCAUAAUGGAGGAGAGAAAAAUAUGUUAUCAAGAGAAUGUAAACAAAUUAAUAUUUCAUUUGAAGACAUCAAUAGUAUUCAAAGAUUAAAUGUAUUGUAUGAAGACAUUGGAGUUGAAAUUUAUUACUUUAACUCUUUACUCUCUAUUGUUUUACUAUUUAAAACAACAACUGAAAGAAAUAACUUUAUUUCUAAACUUCCAAUUACUCCAAAUGAAUUACAAAGAUUUAAUGAAGCACAACGUAAAUGGGUCAAAGGAGAACUAUCAAAUUAUGAAUUUUUAUAUGAAGUAAAUAGAUAUGCAAAUAGAAGUUUUAAAUUAUUAAGUCAAUACCCCAUUUAUCCAUGGGUUAUUUCUACCUUUAGUGAAGAUUUUAGAUUAAAUGAUUUAAGAUCUUAUCGAGAUUUGACAUUACCUAUAUCUGCUUGUAAUGAAAAAGCAAAAAAAAUGAUUGAAUCUAAUUAUAAAGAAAAAGAAUGUCAUUUUAAUUGUUAUUUAAGUAGUCCUAGUUUAGUUUGCAGAAGUUUAGUAAGACUUCAACCGUAUUCAGAGUUAUUAUGGAAAGAAAUGUCAGAAAGAUGUUUUGAAGUUGGAGGAAGGAUUUUUAAAAGUAUUGAAGGAUUCUUUAAAAGUAGUGUAGAACAAUCAAGAAGUGAAUUAAUUCCACAAUACUACACUACACCAGCAUUUUUAACUAAUUUAAAUAAUUAUUUAACUUCUCUAAAUGGAGAGUCACUUGGAGAUGUUACUUUACCGAACUGGGCAUUUAAACACAAUCUUCUUGAUAGUGGAAAUCUAAAAGACAGAGGGGAAAUGACUUCUCCAAGAGAGUUUAUUAGAAAAAUGAAAAUGGCAUUAGAAAGUAGUAAUGUUAGUAAGUAUCUAAAUAGUUGGAUUGAUCUUAUAUUUGGUUGUUUACAACAAAGUGUAAACCAUUACAAUGUUUAUUUAAAUGAUUACACUAUUAAUUCAACUCAGCCAGAUUCAUUAAAACAAACUAUAUGGAAAACUAUGGGUCACUUACCUCUAUGUAUUAUGACAAAAGGAUGUCCUGAAAGAACAGAUAAUGGAACUAGAUUUUCAUGUAAUUUAGGAUUGAAUUGUGCUGCUCGUCGACCAAAAAAAGUUGGAUCAGUUAAAGAAGAUUGGUGUUCAUUAGUUGAUAGUAAAAAUGGAUAUAUUCCUAUUACAAUUAAAGGAACUAUUGGAAUUGGUGAAAGUGCAGUAUAUUAUGAUGAAGUAUUACAUCAAAUCAUAUUACUAAAACCAAGUGAAAAUUUUGUUGCAGCAGCUAUUGGAAUACAAUGCGUUAAUGGAGAUGAUGAUUGGAUUGUUGCGGGUGGAGAUAAUGUAUUAGCUUUUCAUCAUAAUCAUAUUUACAGUUUUAAUGGAAUAUCUAAUAUAUCAUCAUUGUCAAUUAAAAUUAAAUAUGAUUCUAUUAUUGCAGGUAAUGAAAGUGGUAUGGUUAUUGUUUGGUCAAUUACUAAACAAAGAAUUAGAUGGAAAAAACAAUUUGAAUUACCAGUUCAACAUGUAUUAAUUACAAAUAAUGGCGAUAUUUUCAUACUAACAUAUAAUCAUUUUGAAAACACAACAACAAUUAUUGGUUGUGACAUUAAUGGUAUUGUUUUUGGUGAGUCUUCUUUUAAUGCCCAAGUGACUGCAAUAACAUGUUCUCAAUCUAUCAAUUCAACCUCUCCCACAUUAGCUGUUGGAACAAAUGUUGGAGAAGUAUUAUUAUAUGAUGCAUUUACUCUUGCUUUAUUAUUCUCUUAUUCAGCGGAUAGAAAAACAAAGAGUGUUACUUCAUUCUUGUACACCAACAAAGAUUGUAAAUUAUAUUAUAGUAUUCAAAGAGAAGAAGGUGGAUGUUUCAUUUAUUCUUUAUGA